AUGUCUGGACUCGAGGCCGCCAUCACGAAGGUAGCCGAGAAAAUCUCUUGUCCCGAAUUGUUGGACUUGCUACGAUUGGAAGAGUUCAAUGAAAGUCACACCAGUCUCCCGGAGCCGGAAGGAGCUACAGAUCAGGCAGACCCGAGCCUUCCGAUACAAGAUACACAUGAAGCAACCGCCCAGGCCUGGCAGGUUGUCAAUGAUCCCAAGUCUGGUCCUGCUGUCAUCCCAUCGACAGUGGUAUCGGAAGUAGCAACGCACCAAACGGCACCUUCUGCGGACCCCCGAAAAGACCUCAUUUGCUUGGGCUUAAUCCCAGCAGGGGCAGCAGAAGCAUGCUUCGCUACGUACUCGCAUCGACUCGACCACUUUGUGUACAGGAUACUUGACACCCCUCAGUCUCUGUCCGAGAUUCGGCAGCGCUCUCCCCUCCUCACAGCAGCUGUUUGUGCAGUAGGUGCACUACACGUUGAUUCAGAUCAUUUCGCAGUCUGUUACCGGGAAUUCACUCAACUAGCUUCGUCACAAAUGUUCUCAAAGAAGCAUUCGCUGGACGACAUCCGAGCUCUGAUCGUGGGAGCUUUCUGGCUGCACGAUAUCUCCUGGACUCUCAUCGGUGCUGCCGUGCGCAUUGCGACGGAGAUGCGGCUACAUCGCUGUGUGGUCAAGCCACAAGUCUCUAGUCGAGAUUGGUACUUGCAAACCAGGUUGUUCUGUUUGCUGUUCGUCUGCGAUCAUCACUUUUCUGUUGCUUACGGCCGACCUCCACUUACACCGCGCGACUUCGACUAUCCCACCGUGGCCGACGCAUUUUCGCGGUGUGCUUUCGCAACGGAGGAUGACUCGAGGCUUCUCAGUCAGGUCGAGAUCUGGUCUCUGAGCACAAAGAUAUACUACAUGGUCGGAAUCGAUACGGACGAGUCUUUGCCAAAGUCCUCGCUCCCGCAAUUACAGAGAUUGAGUAUUGCUAUUGACUCUUGGAGAGCUGACUGGUCUGGCCGCUUCCUUACCAGUGAACGCAUUGGCAAUUAUCCUAACCAAGGCGUAAAACUGCACUACCAUUUCACGAAGCUCUACCUUUGUUCGCAUGCUUUUCGGGGAGCACAUGAUCCCGCAUCAGACUCAUACAACAUUUCAGAGGAGUUGGAGGAUUUUGCCAACUUAGCCGUGCACUCAGCGACAUCGAUUCUUCGUCAUGUAGUCGAAGAUGUCGAAUUCCAGAGUUUCCUUAAUGGACUCCCAGCAUACUAUGACACAAUGAUUCCCUUCGCGGUGGUCUUCCUCCUCAAGGUCCUGGCAAAAGAUUCUCCAGCUGUGAGGGUCGAUCGCGCUGGGACAUACAGUCUCAUGGAGCGCCUCUCAUUCACACUCGAGAGCAUUACUGCACAGAUGCCCAAGCAACACCUCCUGUCUAGCGUCGCUAGUAGCUUGAGAAAUGUCGUUGAUAGCGGACGCCAAUCCGACAAACACACUCCACAGCUCACAGCCAUGCCUGGAUCCGCGCAGAGUCUCGAAAAUCUGAACGACAUCCAUGACUUCCAGCCGAUGUACGAUGCCAACUUCAUUACCAACUUUGAUUUCUUCGGCCCUCAGCUGGGCAGUCUUGACUCGACCUUUAUGGAAUACUCAAAUGGCUGA